UUGCCCCGAUAAAAUAUGGCAGAAAGCGUGCUCAUCUCCAAGGGAACAUCACGUAAUUAGUCAAGGCGUAAUAUUGCGCACGCGUGGAAGCGCACGUCGCCGGAAGUGAUGUGCCCUUAGUAAAGCGGCUGGUUUAGCACGCGUGCGUAACAGGCUCUUCCGUCAGCUGUGUUGUGGAAAUGGUGGAGAAGAAAACUUCGGUUCGCUCCCAGGACCCUGGACAGCGGCGGGUGCUGGACAGGGCUGCCCGGCAGCGCCGUAUCAACAGGCAGCUUGAGGCCUUGGAGAAUGACAACUUCCAGGAUGACCCCCACGCAGGACUCCCACAGCUUGGCAAGAGACUGCCUCAAUUUGACGAUGAUGCAGACACUGGAAAGAAAAAGAAGAAAACUCGAGGUGAUCAUUUUAAACUUCGCUUCCGGAAAAACUUUCAGGCCUUACUAGAGGAGCAGUCUUCCCCCUUGUAUCUGCAGAACCUGAGUGUGGCCGAGGGCCCCAACUACCUGACAGCUUGUGCGGGACCCCCAUCCCGGCCCCAGCGCCCCUUCUGUGCUGUAUGUGGCUUCCCCUCUCCAUACACCUGCGUCAGCUGUGGCGCCCGGUACUGCACUGUGCGCUGUCUGGGCACCCACCAGGAAACCAGAUGCCUGAAGUGGACGGUGUGAGCCUGGGUGUCCCUGGAAAGGAAGGCCCUCUGUGCAUCAACCUGUCCUCAGAAAGGACAUCAAGGGAAUGAAAGGUGCUCCCCUGGACCAAGAGAGGAACUGUUCACUCACCCAACAAACCUUGUGUCCUAUCCUCCAGAGCAGAUCAGUCUUACUCCCAGGGAUGUGGCAGGGAAGUGGGCCACCCCCCAGGGUACUGUCAUAAUAAAAGGUCUUAUGUGAGGAGG